UUUUUAAACUCUGUGGGAAUAAGUGACUUUUUCUUCACACACACUGAGGAGCCUGCAGGUAUCUCUAGAAGGACUCACCUGAGCUGGACAGCUCUGUCGGCACUAUGGUUCACUGUGCUGUCUCUGCUGCAGCUGAUCCACUACUCAGUCUCCCUCAGACUCCAGCCAGGAGGUCCAGUGCAGGUGGAUGAGCAGUCAGCCUCCUCGUUCCUGUCCCGCUCUCUGCUUUAUAACAGCUGGGACUUUGAGCUGGUGGUGGCUGACAGUCUAGAGAGGGAGUGUGCGGAGGAGAUGUGCAGCUACGAGGAGGCCAGGGAGGUGUUUGAGGACGACGUCCUGACGGAAGCAUUUUGGACCAAGUAUGUCAACAGUCAGGAGAGUACCCCUAGAGUGGAUGUAUCCGGGCUGGUGGCGGGGAUCGUGGCGGUGUUGGUGAUUGCGCUCAUUGCCACCGUGCUGGGGAUCUACUGCUACAAAGCCAAGAACAAGGGGAGGCACGGAGCGUCCCAAGUUCCGGUGAGGCUGGCAGCAGACGGACGUCCGGCUCCAGAGACUGUGCCGUUGUCUACAAUCAUCGCCCCCGGUCUGCCCAGCUACAACGAGGCUCUGCACCACAGUGGGCAGCAUGACGCACCCCCUCCUCCAUACUCAGGGUGAGAG